AUGGCAGCGAAAUCUGAUGGUUUGGGGGUCGUCACCGGUUUCGCCCAGCUGCACAACCUGGACGAGGCGGUGGCGGCCGGGGACGCGGACGAGGAGCCCGCGGACAGCAGCGCCAUCCACAUCUGCCACUGCUGCAACACCUCGUCCUGCUACUGGGGCUGCCGCAGCGCGUGCCUGCGCGCGCUCCUGGGCAAGGGGAGCGGGUCCAGACAGCGGCGGCGGCGGCGGCGGCAGCGGCGGCGGCAGGGGGAGCAAGAGGUGCCGGAGCGCCUCUGGCUCGACUGCCUGUGGAUCGUCCUGGCCGUGGCGGUCUUCUUCUGGGACGUGGGCACGGACCUGUGGCUGGCCGCGGACUACUACUCCAAGCGCGAGUACUUGUGGUCCGCGCUCACGCUGCUCUUCGUGCUCGUGCCGUCCGUGCUCGUGCAGAUCCUGAGCUUCAGGUGGUUCGUGCAGGAUUACACCGGCGGUGGCCUGGGCGCAGUGGAGGGCUUCAGCACGAAAGCCACGGCCGGCCUCAGGGCAACCAUCCACGGCAGGGACAAGCGCUGCCAGGUGUCCGUGUGGUCGUGGCAGGUGUUCGUACACCUCCUGCAGAUGGGCCAGGUGUGGAGGUAUAUCCGCACCAUGUACCUGGGCAUCCAGAGCCGGCGGCGGAAGGAAUAUCACCGCCGUUUCUACUGGGCCAUGAUGUAUGAGUACGCAGACGUCAGCAUACUGCGUCUCCUGGAGACCUUCUUGGAGAGCGCCCCCCAACUGGUGCUACAGCUCUGUAUAAUGAUCCAAAGGAACCGGGCAGAGACGCUGCAGUGCGUCUCCUCCGUGGCCUCGUUGAUGUCCCUUGCCUGGGUGCUGGCCUCCUACCACAAGCUUCUGCGAGAUUCUCGUGACGACACAAAGAGCAUGAGUUACCGAGGGGCCAUCAUCCACAUCUUCUGGCGGCUCUUUACCAUCUCCUCCCGGGUGCUGUCCUUUGCCCUCUUUGCCUCCAUCUUCCACAUCUACUUUGGCAUAUUCGUGGUGGUGCACUGGUGCAUCAUGGCCUUCUGGAUCGUACAUGGGGGAACUGACUUCUGCAUGUCCAAGUGGGAGGAGGUGCUCUUCAACAUGGUGGUGGGCAUCGUCUACAUCUUCUGCUGGUUCAACGUGAAGGAGGGCCGGACCCGCUUCCGAAUGGUGGCCUACUACCUGGUGGUGCUGGUGGAAAACACCGUCCUGACCUGUCUGUGGUAUGCCUACAGGGACCCUGUCACUACAGACUCAUACGCCGUGCCUGCACUCUGCGGGGUUUACCUCUGCUUCGCCUCGGGUGUGGCCUUCAUGUCCCUCUACUAUGGGUUUCUGCACCCCAUGGGGCCCAGGGUGAGGGUCCUGGCCAGCUCCUGUUGCGCUGACCUCUUGUGGGGGCUCCCCUUGCCCCCAGAGGCCGAGCCCAUGACCCCAACCCUGGGCCCCCGGGGCUCCCAAGCCACGCCGACCCGGGUCGACCCAUCCCAGCAGGAAGACCUGGCGGCGGACACUUGUCUGCCUGUAUUCCAGGUGAGGUCCCCGCCACCCACCACGCCCUCUGGCAGACCGCGCCGCCCCGAGGGACCCCUCAUCAAAAUCGACAUGCCCAGGAAGCGCUACCCAGCCUGGGAUGCCCACUUUGUUGACCGACGCCUGAGGAGGACUAUCAACAUCCUGCAGUACAUAACCCCCACAGCUGUAGGGAUCAGGUACAGAGAUGGCCCCCUCCUCUACGAGCUCCUCCAGUAUGAGUCCUCUCUCUGA